AUGGGCAAAUACAGCGAUGACCCGGAAUGGGCUGAUAUCGUGCCUCUCCCAACCGACGAAGGCGGUCCCAACCCACUUGCGGCCAUCGCAUACAGUGACGAGUACGGCGAGUGCAUGUCCUACCUGCGUGCCGUUAUGGCCGUCAACGAGUUUUCUCCUCGCGUACUUGAGCUUACCGAAGAUCUCAUCGAUAUGAAUCCGGCUCACUACACCGUCUGGCUCUACCGCGCACAAUGCCUGUUUGCACUGGACUACAACCUCCAAGACGAACUCGAGUGGCUCAACGAAAUCGCCCUAUCACAUCAGAAGAACUACCAAAUCUGGCAUCAUCGGAACCUCAUCAUCGACAAGAUUGGCAGCUGUGAAGGCGAAGCGGAGUUUGUGGAGAAGAUGUUUGGUCUAGAUGGGAAGAACUACCAUGUGUGGAGUUAUAGGCAGUGGUUGGUCAAGAGGUUCAAUCUGUGGGAUGAGGGAGAGUUGGCUUUCACGGAGAGGAUGCUCGCGAAGGAUGUCAGGAACAACAGUGCGUGGAAUCAUCGGUGGUAUAUCAUCAACGGGCGCGAAUCACGCAGUGAGGCGGACGGUGGGCCGGUGGAAGGCGUGAAGAAUGCAGAGAUCUGCGAGAGAGAGAUUGACCUGGUGAAGAGGACUGUGAAGCAGGCACCACAGAAUCAGAGUCCUUGGAGCUAUUUACGCGGGAUCGUGAAAAAGAGUGGGAUGCCUUUGGCAGGGCUGAAGAGUUUUGUGGAGGAGUACGCAGACUUGAGCAAGGCAGAGGGUGUGAGGAGUAGCUUUGCCUUGGAUCUACUGGCAGACGUGCUGGCUGAGGAAGAGGGUGGGAAAGCCCAAGCUGCAGAGGCGCUGGACCUGCUGGCGAGCAUGUACGACCCGAUUCGGAAGAAUUACUGGGAAUACCGCAAGGGCUUACUCCAUUUGGAGGGCGCGAACGAGGGUGCUAUUACUGCUUGA